AUGCCACGUUCUCAUAGGUUUGCAGUCACUGACCUCGCCAAGAAGGGGUAUUUGGCAUUCUUGACGAAUGCAUUGCCAGCCCUUCAGCCCCAAGGAGGAACGUGGGUAGACUUCUUUGACAUGCUCUGGUCGCCCGAAGCUCCGGCUCUGGGUUUGUUUGCCGGCUCGAAGUACAAUCCCGUCGUGGAGGGCCGUGUGUACAGCAUAGACCGCAUGGCCGAUGUUGGGCUUUGGUUGAUCUUCUUCGUCGUCGGAUCUGCUGUCCAGCUGAGGCGGCUCCGACCAGCAGCAGUGGAAGAUGAAUCACGGAAACCGCUUCUUGGCGAGCUGCCGAGAUAG